UGUCAAGAAGUGCUUAAUACCAAUUCACCACAUCAAUAGCGUGCUCAUUGCAUAUUGCAUUGUCAACCAUUGUCGAUCGAGUUUCUGCCCUAGCUUAAAUCGAGUGAACUGUCACCCCUGCCGCCAAUACCGCCAACGCAGCUUCCCCCUCACCAUGUCGGACACCAAACCACCCUCAACUCUACCACAAUCUCAACCUCCGCCGAACUCACAAGAUCAGUCAUCUGAAGCAAUCGUCGUUCCGAAACUCGAGCCGGAUUCAGACGCUACUGCCCUCGAUACCUCCAUCGAACAAGAAGCCGUUAUGGCCGGGCCCAGCGUUAAUUCCGCUGCUGCGGGCCCAGACGCAGGAGCAGCACCCGGAGCAGGCGUUGGCGACGACCAGAUUGGGAACCCCGUGCAAGCGCCGACCUCCGUUGAUGCAGCGGCGACAUCAAAAAAGGAGACCUCGCUGCGCGAGUUUCUUGGGAAAAUGGAUGAUUAUGCGCCUAUUAUCCCCGACGCAGUAACAGCUCACUACCUCACUCUCGCCGGCCUCCCACCACCGGGCCACGGUCCGAACCAAACACCUCCACACCUGGCGCGAUUACUCGCCCUCGCGACGCAAAAGUUCAUCGCGGAUAUCGCAGCCGACUCGUACCAGUAUGCGCGCAUCCGUGCCUCAAAUUCCUCGUCCGCGAGUAACCCCAUGGGAAGUCUAAAUGCAGCGUCGGGGCUGGGUCUAGCCGGGGCUGGUGGUGCGGGUGCCGGCAGUGCUGGCGGUGCGGGAACUGGAGGCGCAGGGGAGACGGGUAAAGGAGGCAGCAAGGCUGGCACGCAUCUGGGAAUUCAGCGGCCGGGCUUUGGGGGUGGUGGAUCGGGAGGAAGUGGGCAGGGACGGACAGUGCUCACGAUGGAAGAUUUGGGGAUGGCCGUUGCAGAGUAUGGAGUUAGUGUUAAGCGGGGAGAGUUUUAUCGGUGA